AUGGAUGGGGAGAGGGGAGAGAAUGGCCCGGGGAGGAGACCACGGGAUGAGAUCCAGGAAUGGCUACAUCUAGUUUGGCUGGAAUGCAUGCAGAGUGACUCCUCGGUCCUGGCCAGGCCAUCUGCAGAUUCCAUUAAGUUCCCCCUGCUCCUGCCACUCCUAUGCCAGUCCCACCUGGACCAGUUCUGUGGUGGUCCUAAAUGUGUGUCACAGGUACAGCAAUGCCAAGAACAGGCUAAGUGGCCCCCCAACCCAUCUCCAUCUCCGUCCACCAGAGAAUCAGAACUGGGCUCUGCUGUCAGAGGAGAGGCAGGUCCUUCCGACCUGCCUCCACAAACCCCCGCAGCCGCCACAGGCUUCAGGAAGCUCGGAGAGGGCCGGGCAGCCGAGCGGCAUGGUCUGGGCCCGAGCCACGGCGGGCCGCCAACAUCCCUGACGCAGGAGUCUGGCGACUUCUCUGGGCUUUUGUCUCCUCUGGGGAGCUCCUCUGGGGAGCUCCUCCACGUGGCUUUCAAGGACCACAGACUAUCCGAGCUGGGUGUCGGAGGAGAAACACAUAGACACUUGUCUCCUCGGCCUCUGUUUGGAUGGCAGCUUGCCCUGCCCAGAAACCACACGCUGCCAGCCUGUCCCCAGAUGGAAGCUUGCAGCUGGCCUCAGAGUCAAUCCAGAGACGUACGAAUCCAGGGAGCUACCCAGGGAGGGAGAGAGGAUUUCUUAGCAUGGGACAGUGGGGCUCCGAGGUGUGAGCCUGCCAAGUCGGCAUUCCGCAGACAGCUCCUGGCCCCCGUGGCGAGCUUUAAUGUGUUAAGCAUCAGAGAUACAAGGGCAAAAGUUAAGCAGUCCAGACCUUUGAGGAGUUUAUAUUCUAGUAGGAGAAUGGACUCCCCUCUCCAUCUGGCCCACCAAAAACGGAGGGAGCUUCUAAGUCAGGUGUGCAACCGCUAUACGCGUAAGCGACGCCUGCUGAGCCCCGAGGACUUGCGCCACUUGGUCGUGGACGAUGAACAUGGCUUGCUGUACUGCUACGUGCCCAAAGUAGCCUGUACCAACUGGAAGCGAGUGAUGAUGGUGCUCACAGGAGGUGGCAAGUACCGAGACCCGCUGGAGAUCCCAGCCCACGAGGCCCACGUGCCGGCCAAUCUGAAGACGCUGGCAGACUACAGCCCGGCCGAGAUCAACCGGCGGCUACGGGCCUACCUCAAGUUCCUCUUCGUUCGAGAACCCUUUGAGCGGUUGGUCUCGGCCUACCGCAACAAGUUUACCCGUAAUUACAACACAGCCUUCCAUAGGCGAUAUGGCACGAGAAUCAUCCAGCGCCACCGAAAGCAUCCCAGCCCGGAGGCCCUGGCUCGGGGCGAUGACGUCCGCUUUGAAGAAUUCCUCUAUUACCUGAUAGAUCCCCGCACCCGGAAAGAAGAGCCAUUCAAUGAACACUGGGAGCGGGCGCAUUCCCUCUGCCACCCCUGCCUGGUCCACUAUGAUGUGGUGGGCAAAUACGAGACCCUGGAAGAGGAUGCUGCCUACGUGCUGAGCCUCGUCGGGGCCGACCAAGCUGGCAUCCACUUCCCGACCUCCUCCAAGAUCACACACACGACAGGCGGUGAGGCAGCCCACUUCUUCGAGGGCAUCAGCCCCUUCUACCAAAGAAGACUCUUUAAUUUAUAUAAGAUGGACUAUCUCCUGUUCAACUACUCCAUCCCUUCCUACUUGCAGCUCCGGUAACGGGGCUACGAGGGGGAUCCCAUCUCUGCCUCUUCGUCAUCCCUCCUAGACCUCCCGGUCUUGUUGGUUUGGCCACGUCUCCCUCUUCCCUGCUGCUCUCUUCCACUCCAUUCCGUGUCCAUGCCAUGGACUGUCUCCCCACCGACUGAGGGAGACCCAGACUCAGAGUUCCUAUUGGGAUGAGAGGGGUGAGAUCACUGGGGCAUAGCUUGCCCACCUCCCUGCAUCCCUUCUUCCAAAUUGAGCAUUAGGGCAUAAGUAUGACCGCUUCUCCCUUAGACACUCAGUGGCCUUGCUGCAUUCCCUAAUCCUAGAGCCCUCCAUCAUGGGGUGGAAAGGUUCCUUGGUGGGGUUUGCUGAGGAGGCGCCCCCACGGGUGAGGCUGCACGGGCAGAGCUCCUGUGGUCAGCAGGAAGCUUUGGACCCCUUGGAAAUUAAGAAGAAAAUGAAAACUCUCAGGUUAAGCUCUUUUAGGAGAUCCCCAAUGGCCAAGCAUCAUCUGGCAUUCCCAAACCAGAGUUUGGUCCUGGAAACAGUGUAGAAGAACCAAAAAAAGCACUGGAGUUAGAGCCCAAAGAGCUGACUUCAAAUCCCGACUCUACUAGUUACUCCCUGUAAUCUUGGGCAUCGAUUUCCCUUCUCCAGGCUGCUUCCUCCCCUGUAGAAUGAGGGACUCGGCCUAGAUCGCCUCUGAGGGCUCUUCUAGCUCGAAAUCUUGUGAUCCUGCCAUGACCGCAAAGAACUUUGUCUUCACUCCCACCCCCCGCCCCAUCCCCACAACUCGCUCUCGCUGCUAGGACAUCCCAUGAUGUUCUGGCCUUCUUUGGGCUGGUUGGGUUGUAGGUGAUGGAACCAGAGAGGGCAAUCCUGGGCAGGAUGUUUUGGUUUGAAGAAGAUGCCCGAGGGUGCUGGAGUAACUCUUUUUUAAACAAAAGUAAAUUUAUUUCUUUACCAUU